AGAGAGGAGGAGGCCGCUGCCGUUGUCGUGGUGCGCGCGCAGCAGUAGUGGAGCCGCCGCCGCCGCCUUUGCUCGAUCGCGGCUUGAGCCUGAGGGGAGGCCCCGGAAGGAGAAGGGGAGACGUCGCGCCGCCGCCGCCGCCACCACCAGAGCCAAGCUGCCCAGUCACCAGCCGCCCGAGCCCAGUGCCACAAUGGCAACUGCACCUUACAACUAUUCCUACAUCUUUAAGUACAUCAUUAUUGGAGACAUGGGUGUAGGAAAGUCCUGCUUGCUCCACCAGUUUACAGAAAAGAAAUUUAUGGCGGAUUGUCCCCACACAAUUGGUGUCGAGUUUGGUACAAGAAUAAUUGAAGUUAGCGGCCAAAAAAUUAAGCUGCAGAUCUGGGAUACGGCAGGGCAGGAGCGAUUCAGGGCUGUUACACGAAGCUACUACAGAGGAGCAGCAGGCGCUCUUAUGGUCUACGAUAUUACUAGAAGAAGCACGUAUAACCAUCUAAGCAGCUGGCUGACAGAUGCGAGGAACCUCACUAAUCCAAAUACUGUGAUAAUCCUUAUAGGAAAUAAAGCGGAUCUGGAAGCACAGAGAGAUGUUACAUACGAAGAAGCCAAACAGUUUGCUGAAGAGAAUGGGUUGCUGUUCCUUGAAGCGAGUGCAAAAACAGGGGAGAACGUCGAGGACGCAUUCCUAGAGGCUGCCAAGAAAAUCUACCAGAAUAUCCAAGAUGGGAGCCUGGAUCUGAAUGCUGCAGAGUCGGGUGUACAGCACAAGCCUUCGGCUCCGCAGGGCGGCCGGCUAACCAGUGAACCCCAGCCCCAGAGAGAAGGCUGUGGCUGCUAGUGACCUCAAUUCCUCAGCUCUGUUUCUGACCUUAAACCUCUGUUAGGAGCAGUGCUUUUGGCUGCUUCAGUUUCCUCUCUGUACAUCUUAAUGGGUUUAAUUAAAACUCUCGAGGCAACAGUUUAACACAGUACUAAACUGCUAAAAGUAA